AUGUGGGGAAUAAUGCUUCGUGUUGAGAAUGAUGGUCAGAUCACAGACACCAUCAGUCUGAAAACCUAUCCAGUAACACAAUUGACCGUGGCGCAACUGAAGCAACAAGAGCAACAUAUGAUUGCCCUAGGGCAACGUAUGAAAGCGCCGCAUACUUACAAAAAAACAUGGACUCAGGAAAAAUGUACUGCUGAACGUGAUAUGGGAAUCAUUUUAGCAACACAACAAGCUGCUCGACGUUUUUGUAUGGAUGGUGGCUGGGAUUCACAAAAAGAAGCUCCCGUAAGUCACGAAAAAGCAACUCAAGUCACAAUGUAUCAUGUUGCUGGUGGGAUCAAAAGUGCAGUGUUUCAAAACCUAAUGCUGGAUUUUGUGAAUGUAUCCAUUCGUGCGCCUAUUGAAUCAAUGGCCCAGGAUGGUGGAAAACAUGAUCCACGAUUCAAAUUUAAUAUGCAAUUAAUUAAUUGUGCAUGUACUGAAUUAACAGACUAUUUUAUGAAUGAAAUGACAAAUGAGAUUACACGUCGAAAUAAUCAAAUUUGGGGAUCUUCAUUGACUGCUUUUUCAUCCGGUGACGUUCCAUUACCAACAAUUUGUGCUCCACGAUUACCAACUGAUUUGAAACGAUCGGCAUGGGACUUUAUCAAAUAUCCAACUCAAGCACCGGAUAAUAUCGAAACGAUAAUUUUUAAUGAUCCGGUCGUGCUUGUUGCACGUCAUGAUGAUCAUAAUCCUUUUUUCCAGAUUUCCAAUGCUUUAAAUGCAUGGAUUAUGCUCAAGGCAUUGAAUUGGAGUCUAACUUCGACCUAUGUGAUACAUUUGGAUGCUGGUUAUCCUUCACCUAUUGACGAAUUACAUCAGGGUCUAUUAGCACCAUAUCAUAAAUUGAUUGAUGGUGCAACACUUAUGGGCAAACGUGUUCAUUUUCGAGGUAAUGUCUUGGUCGCAUCUGCUGAAACCUCUGGUCCAAUGAUGCAACAUUUGAAUGAUGACGAACCGUGCUACGACUCGGAUCUGAUCAAACUGUUUCGCGCUCAGUCUCUUUUAACAAUGAAUGUAACACCGGAAGUGGAACUUGAAGUUGGGUUAAAUAGGAUCGGACCAAUGAUUGUAACGGUCAUUACUCGUCGGCCGUAUAGGGGACGAAAAUUAGAACGCAUUUGGGUUAAUGAGAAUGAGGUGAUGGAGAGGAUGCGGACGGAGUAUAAGGACCUAAACGUUGAGUUUCGAUCGGUUGACUAUGUAGGUCUUACGCUGCGCGAACAGAUGAUCACUACCAUUGAGAGCGACAUAAUUAUUGGUAUGCACGGUGCUGGUCUUGUAAAUGUGCUUUGGGCACGUCCGAUGACUACGGUGAUGGAGAUAUUCCCGUUCUUGAGGAGGCGUUGGGGUUAUCGGAACCUCUGUCAAUUUGUAGGUUGUGAUUGGCACGACUAUCGCGGUGGUGAGGACAUUGGUAAUAAACGACACCCAAAUCGACAAAAUAAGCGCAUUCUGUACGACGACUGGAUGCUUUUCUUCCAGCCGUUAUUUGAAAGAACGUAUGAAGCUUUUCAGACACAGCAAGCCGUUUUACGCGCAAAAGCAUAA